AUUCGGAGUUUACCGAGAACACCUCGUCAGUGCGGGAAGCAGCCGGACUCCCGUCGGUAUUUAAGGAAUAAGGCGCUCCGACAGGUUAUUGUUCCUGCUGCACGUACUUACUGCCGUCAUCCUGCAUCACUUCUCUAAAGUUUGACCUUGAACUCGACUCUCAUCGGCGGACAUCUCGUUACUUCAGAAAUGUCUCAUUCUAAACCACUGCUCAUCCCGUGGCUGCGGACCAAGAUUGACAGCGGCAGGUAUCCCGGCGUGAGCUGGCAAACAGAACAGAAAACGGAGUUCUCCAUCCCAUGGAAACAUGCUUUAAGACAGGACUCCUCCGACACGGACAUCCUCAUCUUUAAAGCCUGGGCAGAGGUGAGUGGCAAUGGCCGUGCUCACGGAGACGCCUCAGUCUGGAAAAGGAACUUCCGCAGCGCCCUCCGGGCCAAAGGCUUCAAGCUGGUCUCUGACAACAAGAACGACGCUGCCGACCCCCACAAAGUGUUUCGCUGGCCGGAUGAGCCAGCAUCAGGAGCUAAUAACUCUUCUGCUGGAUCCCAGGACCAAGUUGACCUCGAUUUAUUUGAGGAGUAUCGCCUUCCUACACAAGAAAGCCAGGCCGCCCAAUGCUUUGAAGAAUGUCUCUACCUUCCAAUGGACGGUGUGUUUGCAGAAUCCUCAGCCAACCAGGAUAUUCUCCAGGAGUGUCUAAAGGGACUGAACAUCAGCCCCGGAGAAGAGGGCACCGCAGGCUUUGAGCCUCCUCCUGAGCAACAACUGCUCCGAAACCUGGUUGUGAUUGAUGGAGACGCGUUGCCUGGGCAACAGCAGUAUCCAGUAAUGUUUGAGGGUGCAGGCAGUGAAGCUGGGUUGCCUGAGCAACCAGCACAUCCAAUGGAGGGAGCUGUGGGAGAUGCCUAUGACGAGCAGUUGGCAGAGCAGCUCCUACAUACCAGUAACAGAGAACAUUUCAAGACUCAUUUCAGGAUAUCAGUGUACUACAGAGGGGUGAUGGUGUCCAAGCAGCUGGUUGAGAAUGAAGUUGGAAUCCGUUUAGUCUACAGGCCCGAUCUCAACGGCACAGUUUUGGAUCACGAGUCAGGCCUGUCCCUGGUCUCUCUGCCAAGCCCUGGAGUCAUGCUGGAUCAAACCCAAGCCAGUCUGACCCAACGCAUCCUGGAAAAGCUGGGCGAUGGUUUGGACGUGGGGGUUUCAGGCCAUGUGGUCUAUGGCCAGCGGCGGGGUGAAAUCAAAGCAUUUUGGAGCAUCUCUCAGUAUCACAGGAGCAGACAGCCGCAAGAGAUUUCUAAACUGCAGCCUCAACCACUGUACCUGUUCAAGGACUUUUUGCAAGGAAUAUUGGACUUCAUUGAAGGGAGAGACAGCCCUCCAUGCUCCCUGUUCUUCUGCCUUGGGGAGAAGUGGCCUGACCCAGACAACAAGUCUUGGGAGAAGAAACUCAUCACAGUGGAGGUGGUCCUGACUUCACUGGAGUCGCUGAAGAAAAUUGCUGUCGGAGGCGGCGCCUCCUCCCUGCAGUCGGUGGAGCUGCAGAUGUCCCUCGAAGAGAUGAUGGAGAUGUGCUGACGCACUGUGCAAUCCUUAAGCUUGACAAUAACAUCUCAGAAAUAAUCAUGUUUACGUGUUUUAUUAAAAUGUGAUAUCUUGAUUCUGUACCAAAAAUAAUGGAUCAGGUAUUAAUAAUUGCUCUGGUGUUGGAUUUGGUGGUACUGAACAAAGAUGCAACCUGAACCAUGUUUAUAGAUAAAUACUGUAUGUGCUUUUGAAUUAAUAUACACAAAUGUUUACAUAAGGAGACUAUGAUCAGAGAGAUUUAAGAGGAUCUUUUUUACAUCAUUUACAUAUGUUGGUGUUUCUGAGAAUUAAAAACAUAUUUCUAAGAUAGCGUAUUGUUUUCUGAUGCAAAUAAACUGAGCUAAAUAAAGAUCUCUUCCACUCAUUACACAUUCUGCCUUUGCAAAUAACGUGUUUGUGCUUAAGGUACAAACUUAGCUUCUUAUAGAACCCCUCUAAAAAAUUGAAUUACUGUUUGUACAGUGAAAUGAAUACUAUAACAAUACCUAAACCCUCUUAAUAAACCAAAAUAACAUUAAAAGCAUUGAACUCAACUGUUUAGCCAGUCAAAGUACAAGUUGAUUUAACAAUGCAGAUGUGAUCAGAACAUCUGGAAUCUGUCUAAAUGUUUUUGAUCUCAUAUUACAAGACAGUUUCAGCACAACAUGCAACUGAGCCCAAUCUGAGACAAUCGAACACGGCAACACAACAGAGACUCAACAGAAAAAGGUAAAUAUGCUGUGCAGAUGUUUAUUUCUAACAGUGUAUCCGA